AUGCUCUGCAUCGAACGUUUAGGCUACUCCUCCAUGUUUCUAAUAACGGAGAUAAAUGCUCUCGUUUUACGCUCGGAACCUUAAAGGGAACCAGGGAAGCGUCAAUGUGGCGGCUACACGCGGAAUCAACUUCUGUCAACAUCAGACGAUGUUUGAUGAGGAGACAGACGCGAAACUCUGAAUGAAGCCUGGUCUUGUGACCAACUGUCCCUUCACCAGCUGUCCUAUUUCUUCCAUCUCCAUCCCAAGUGGUGUGGCGAAAUUACCCUCAUCGCUUUCCAAACCUCCCUUCGGCCCCAACACAGCUGCGCCUUCAGUACUCGGCCCAGGCAGGUACCUCAUCGAACCAUCACAGGCAAGUAAUCAUCCUAGUCGGUAGCUUUGACUGCUUUCUGGGCGUCGCAUCGAUAGCUGACUCACCUCUCAGAAGCCAUUUAGAAGCAACACAAUCACGAGACGAUUACCACGUUCGUUUGAGUCAACACUGCAAGAUGUCAGAAAGUCCCACCACUGCUUCGCGCAACCAAAGAGACCCUGGUAGUCCAACUAUCACGGGCAUUCCGUCCAUUUUAACAGUUCUUCGCGAGCCUGAGUCCUUCUCAACGAUCGACGACAGACGAGGGCAACAGUACCGUCAACAGUCUCCAGAGACUGCCUCCAAGUUAGCGCGUGAGACCCUCAUCAGCAUGUGUAAGACAAUUGGCCUGGUCGGGGCACAGCUUAACAAUGGGACGAAUGACUCCGACUUCCAGCUCAGGCAGCUCAUUCAUUUAGCACGCAAUAUAACCAAGCGGCUUGACAGUCCUGAUCCAACCUCAUCGCUUUCCAAGCCUCCCUUCAGCUGUUUUUAUGUGCUUGGUCUGAGUGUCGGAAAACAGCAGAGUAUUCAUCACCAUCAUGUCAGAAAGCCAGCAGCUGGAAGGAUCGCUGACGUUUCAGGAAGGCCUGCGACAUGUUCCGGCACAGUCAUCCAUGGAGAAUUGGCUUGCAAACUGGACAGGGAAUCGUAUAGCGGCAGCCAAGACUCCAAAAGAAACGACAUUAUAUCUACAUUUCGAAACCUUGAGAAAUCUUUGUCUCGACAGAUGAGUUAUCAGUAA